AUGGAAGAGGGGGUCACGUAUGCUGACCUGCGCUUGCCCCCCACACCAGCUUCUCAGCAGUCGGUGCGUCUGUCCUGGUGCUGGGCAGCCCUCAGCCUUGCUGUCCUCUCACUGCUGCUUCUGCUGACACAAAUCAUCCUUGUUGGACUGAUCUUCCACUAUUUAGGACCACAUGCCAGCUGUACCCAUGGUUCCUGGAGCAUGGAGGAGAACCCCUGCUAUGGACAACAGACCCUGCAAGGGCAAUGCCAGUUCUGCCCAUCUGGCUGGCUCUGGGAUGCAGGUCAGUGCUACUACUUCUCCUCUGGCAAAAAGAGCUGGGAGCAAAGCAGAGAGGACUGCUGCUCCAGAGGGGCACAGCUGGUCACCAUCCGAGCCAAUGCCACCCUGACUUUCCUGAUGCGUACAGCAAACAUGGAGGUCUUCCACGUGGGGCUGAAGCGGGAUGGCUCCAGGUCUGACUGGAAGUGGCUGGAUGGCACUUCACUAAAGGGGCUUUUCCCAGUCCAGCGCUCCACCAGCUCCUUCUUGGCCUGUGGCAGGGUGUCAGGCUUGGGACUGUCAGGAGGUCUGUGCAUGGAAGCCCUUGGGUGGAUCUGUGAGCAGAGAGCAACCACCCUGCAGUGGCUCCAGUCUUCUCCUCCUGCCUUCCUUUGGAGAGACACCACCUACACCUGUGUGGGGUCCUGA